AUGGAGAGUGGAUCCCCGUCAGACGUUUUAGUUGUCGUUAAAUCUAUUAUCACACCUACUCGAGCCUCACUGAGCCAGCAGGGCAGUGCUGACAAGCAAUUAACGGGAAUGAAGCCGAUCGUGCCAUUACGAAAGCGAGGACAGUCUUUCCGAGAGACAAAAAAAAUGAUUGCGACUGUGGAUGCUGACGGCCGGAGACAUCUCAACCACACAUUCAUGGAGCAGUUAGGCAAAGGAGCGUACGGUAUUGUGUUCAAAGUGGAAUGCAACGAGACCAAGGAGGUGUUUGCUGCAAAGUGCGUGGACAAGAAGGCACUGAAACGAAUUCGAGUUGGUCGCUUUGGUAACGCACUGCAAUCCGUCAAGAAGGAGCUUAACAUCUGGAAGCGAUUCAAACACAGACACAUUGUGGUGCUACGAGAAGUCAUCGAUACGGAUGACAGCGAUGAAUUGUAUAUGAUCAGUGAAUUGGUUGAAGGAGGUCCCGUACUGGACGAUGAUAUCAAAUGCACCCCAUUGAACGCGGAGCUUACCAAAACAUUUUUCACACAUCUGAUUGAAGGUAUCGAUUUCCUGCACGAAAACAAGAUCAUUCACCGUGACAUCAAGCCAGGGAAUUUGCUCCUGAAAACGGUCGAUGACGAUGAAGUUAUUCUCAGGAUUGCAGACUUUGGUGUUUCACAUGAAAUGGAGCAUGAUAAUGAAAAUAUGCGGCAAACCGCCGGCACGGCCAUUUUCAUGGCACCAGAGAUGCUGACAGGCGAUAGUUUUCAGGGCAAACCUGUAGAUAUCUGGGCUUGCGGGGUUACAUUGUACAUGUUCGUCUACGGCCAUCCACCGUUUAUCGCCCAGACCAUGACUGUGCUAUACGGCAAAAUUCAGAGCGACCCCAUUGAGUUCCCAACACAAGUUGGCGACCGAGUGGUAGAGGAGGAACUUAUCCACCUCAUGCAACAUGUUCGUCUACUGUUUUUUUUUUUCGACAUCCAUGACUCUUUUUUAAGCAUUGUUAACAUAUAUAUAUUUUUCGACUUGGCAGCUUCUCGAGAAGGACCCGAGGCAGCGGUUCACUAG